GCCCCCUCGGCAUCCACUUCUGCCAUUGGGGCAGAGAGACGCCCGUCAGCGCCGUCGCCUGGCAACAGGGCUGGCCGCUCCAGGGGGAAAAAUCCUUGAACAGCCAGACAAACCGGAAGGCAAGUCCAGUUUUCGGAGCUGGGAAGAGAAUCCUGCCAGCGAUAAGGCAAGAUGGGGAACAGCGGGAGCCGCCCGGAGCAGAGCGUUUGGUCACAGUUUCUUCCUGAGGAGCAGGCGGAGGUGGACCGGUUGUUUGAUGCCCUGUCAUCGGAGAAAAGCAGCUCGGCCUCGCCCAGGUCCUUUUCUCUGGAGGCGCUCAAGAGCCACAUUGGGGAAGCGCUUCCCCCAGACAUGGUCGCCAGGCUGUAUGAUGGCAUGCGGAGGGUUGACCUGAUGAGACCGGCGAAGGGGCCCAGCGAGAGCGUCUCCCGGGAGCAGUUCACAGCGUCCAUGUCCCACCUGCUGAAGGGGAGCUCCAGGGAGAAGAGCUUCAUGGUCCUGAAGAUGAUUUCUGCCACAGACGGCCCCGUGAAGGCACGCGAAGUCCUUAAGUUCACAGAGGAUCUCGUCGGCUCUCUGGUGCACGUGCUGAGCCACAGGCAGGAGCUGAGAGGCUGGGCGCCGAAGAGAGCCCCCGGCCCCCCGCCCAGGGUGCAGGCUCUGGCUGCGCAGCUGCUCUCCGAGGUGAAGCUUGCAGACGGCAAGAAGCUGCUGGGCCCUGAGCGGCUGGACUGUGACUGCGAUCCCGCUGUGAUCGAGGACUGGGUGUUCAGGGCCUACCUGGUGGCCACGUUCCUGAGCGUGGUCAUCCACCGGGGCUUUGGCCUGUCCUGGCCCCUCGACCUGGCCACGCUGGUCCCCGAGCGGCAGGUUGACCAGGGGCAGCAGUUUAACAGCGUCCUGGACCCCCUGUCAGUCAUCUACCUCAACUCCCAGCUGCCCCGGGAGCAGCAGCACCGCUGGCACCUGCUCUUCUCGUCCGAGCUCCACGGGCACAGCUUCGCCCAGCUCUGCGGGCGCGUCCCCCACCGCGGGCCCUGCCUGCUGCUCCUCGAGGACCACGACGGCCACGUGUUCGGCGGGUUUGCCUCCUGCUCCUGGGAAGUCAAGCCUCAGUUUCAAGGGGACAACAGAUGCUUCCUGUUCUCCAUCUCCCCCAGCAUGGCUGUGCACAGCUGCACGGGCUACAACAACCACUACAUGUACCUGAACCAUGGGCAGCAGACCAUCCCAAACGGACUGGGCAUGGGAGGGCAGCAUCACUACUUCGGGCUGUGGAUCGACGUGGACUUCGGGAAAGGACACAGCAAGGCCAAGCCCGCGUGCACCACGUACAACAGCCCCCAGCUGUCGGCCCAGGAGGACUUCCGGUUUGAGAAGAUGGAGGUGUGGGCGGUCGGAGACGACUCCCGCUCCAAGCUGGCCAAGAGCAACAAGAGCAUCCUGGAUGUGGACCCCGAGGCCCAGGCCCUGCUGGAGAUCAGUGGGCGGAGUCGCCACAGCGAGGGGCUCCGGGAAGUCCCUGACCAGGAGUGAGGAGGAGCCUGGAGCGAGGGUGGGCCUGGAGCUGUGCGUGACCCCCCCGGACAGAGCACUCAGCCUGCAGAGUCCUCCCCAUCCUGCGGGUGCUUAGCUUUCACGCAGAGCUGCCCGGCCGCAUCCUGGGGGUGCUGACUCAGAACGCAGCCACCGCUCCCGUGCCAUACAUUGACGCGUGAGUGUGUCUCCCAGAAAUCCCGAGUGUCAAAUGAGCCCCUUAAGUCCUGCACUUUGUAAAUUUUGUCUCGCUGAAGUGCAAAGACAUGGAGACACCUGAGACCUCUGUUGGAAUCGGCAUUGGACGGGCAUGUGGGUUCUGGGCGUGGGGUUUGGCCCGCUGCUGGGGUUGCUUGGCCUCUGAUCGGGUGUUUGUCACCGUUAAAGUGCCUUGACAUUCCGUUUCAACGGGUAAAGGACAGGCAUUUGGAUGGGAAUCGCGAUGCUUUUUUACAUAUUAAUGGGGGGAAAUGGCCAAAGGUUUCGGAGAUGGCAGCAGCCUGGGUCUUCAGUAGGUGUCCAUGAGGGUCCACGCCUGCCUUCUCAGCUGUCUCUAAAUGCGACUGUGCCAUGAGCAAGUGGGAAAAUGAGCACGACAGGGAAGUUCUGUUCUGUUACUAGUCCAGUGUUGGGUAUUUGGAGGCCCGUCUGCGGCCUGUUUUAUAAAUUAGUGGCACCUUGGCGGCACCGGCCUGGGUGCGGCCUCCUGACACGCACCUGUCCAUGUCACCUUCCUGCCCAGUGCUGCUCCCUUCAAGCAAACCCAGUGACCCCAAAAUGCUAAGGACCGCUGAGCUUAGUGGGGUGGGCUUCCGUGCAGAGCUGCCAUCGCCCAGGUCUGGAAACACUAUAAACACACUGUGCAAAUCCCUUCCUCCACAGAGCUGUGGGCGCCUCUCAGACACGUCACUGCGUCCUUGUGUCUUCUGCUCUGAGCUUUGACCUUUUACAACAGAAUUUAUGCCCUGAUUAUAAGCCAUAGCAAACUGAGCUGUUUGCCUUUUGUAGCUUCUUCAUUUUCUACCAGGAGGCUCAUCAAGCUUUGCACUCGACAGUGCCGUUGACUGAGCAGAAGGCCCUGCAAAGGAGACUUCCACAGGGAAGCACACGCUCGGACGGAGCGCAGAGGGGCAGCGGUGUGACACGCAUAGGUGCAGUCACGAUUGAUUUCCUUAUAAAAAGCCAGUUUGUAAUAGCUUCCCUGGUACAUUAGGUGACUUCCUCACAGACGGAUCAGCAGUUGCAGGACACUGGGGCCCUCAGACAGCCUCACCAUAAAUCUGAAGAAUUAGGUCUUGAAUAUUCAGUUUGUUGUGGAAUGUUUUCUCUUUGUUUUAUAAAAUGCAAUUAAAUACCUCAUUAAUAAAAGAUCAUUGGCGUCCCUACAUUGAGUACCGUU